ACCUCAAUUGGUUUACAACGACGUCAAUCAUUCAAACGUAACGCCUCUAGCGUACAGGACACAAAACAGUCUGCCGUCUGCAUUUGCGACCUCGAUCUGUGUGCCUGUCCAGGUAGUGGUGUCACAUGAGGACACUGUAACAGUUGGAACUUCAAACAGUGCGCUUCACAGUUAAUCAGCAACAUGGCAGGCAUCGGCAGGCUCUCCACCAAGGAUGCGGUGCUCCUCCUGUGCGACAUGCAAGAGAAGUUCCGACCCAACAUCUUUCAGUUUACCAACAUUGUCAGCAAUGCCUCCAGAUUGCUCCAGGCCAGCCGGGUUCUCGGCAUCCCCGCCAUCCUGACGGAGCAGUACCCUAAAGGUUUGGGCCCCACGGUGCCGGAACUAGGAGCGGAGGGCUUGACGGCUCACGCUAAAACAUCCUUCACCAUGAUGAUCGAGGAGGUGCAGAAUGAAAUGCAGACUCUGGGGAACCCUAAGCAGGCCAUCCUGUGUGGCAUCGAAGCGCAUGCUUGUAUUGCGUGUACGACAUUUGACCUGCUUGAAAAGGGAAUCGAGGUCCACAUUGUGUCGGAUGCCGUCUCGUCGCGGAGCCAGACGGACCGCUUGUUUGCUCUCUCCCGCCUGAAGCAGAGUGGCGCCUUCCUCACCACCACCGAGGCCGUCCUGCUGCAGCUGGUCCAAGGCGCCAAGCACCCCAACUUCAAGGAGAUCCAACAGCUUAUGAUGCAGCCUUCACCUGACACGGGCUUGCUCGCCUACUUCAGUGCGCUCUAAGGAGAGAAAGAAGACGACCUAUUUGCAAACUAUGAGGACCUCCAAAGCCAUCGACGUACUAAGUGCUUCAAUAAAAGGAUGCUGCAUUA